AUGUCGCGACUGUUCAAGCGUGGCCGCACGCCAUCGGAUGCCUCGUCGCAUCAGCAGCGUCUGCCCUUCUCCAAUGACGAGCUCCAGCAGGAAGACGCCGACGCCCAGGACACGGCUGCACGCUCUACUGGCCACAGAGCAAGAGCUCGCUCAAUCACUUCGGCCUCGGCUCUGUCGUCCUCGUACAAGACUCCCAGCAGAUCCUACAUUCACCAUGCUGCCCACGGCUUCCAAGGCGUGCGCGAACAGACGGCCGAACUCUCUUCCUCCUUCUUAGGCGACUCGGAUGCUCAGCGACCGUCGCAACCCCCGAACCGCCAAUCGCAGGACUCAUCCGCCCAUCGCAGAAGCUUCGAUUCGACUUCAUCUCCCAGACAAUCGCUCGAGAUCGCCCACCACAGAAAGAGUGUCGAUUCAGAGAGAUCCUUGGGUGACGAUGAACGGCCACACAAAGGACUCACACGCCCGGAGGUCAUCCAGGAGCAAUCCGAGCCCGUCUCGCCAGAAGUCUCUUCCUCCAACCUGCCCGAGAUGCUUUGGCAGCAGGACGAUGGCCAACUACGCCCGCGCCCUCGCCCUUACAGCGACGUACCGAGCCUGAUUGUUAGUGAAGCUGGCGAAGAUGACGCUGACGAGGAGACACCACUCUUUGGAAGGUCGUCAUCAAGACGGGCAUCGGCCUACAAGACCCUGGACGGCGCUGAGGAUGAGGAUGAGCCUGACAUUGAGAGCCAAAGACUGCCGCGAGUCAAGUCGUGGCAGAAGCUACAACACGCCUAUCCCUCGCUACGGAAGGUGGCGGCCGAUGGUUACCGCGUCGCGACGCACCCCAAGGAGUGGGACAUGCAGCAAGUCUUCAAGACAGUUGUCGUCAAACCCGCGCUGGUCAUGCCCUCGGUCUUUCUCGGUGUCCUUCUCAACCUCCUGGAUGCCCUGUCUUAUGGAAUCAUUCUUUUCCCCCUUGGCGAGGAGGUCUUUUCCAGCAUGGGUGCUGAUGGUGUCUCCAUGUUCUACGUUAGUUGCAUUACUGCUCAAUUGACCUACUCCAGCGGGAGCAUCUUCAGCGGAGGCGUUGGUUCUGAGAUGAUCGAAGUCGUCCCUUUCUUCCACAAGAUGACCUACAUGAUCAUGGGACGCAUGGGAACUGGUAACCCGGAUGCUCUGAGAGCCACCGUCAUCACCUCUUAUGCAAUGAGCUCGAUUCUUACUGGCAUGGUCUUUCUUGGUCUUGGAGCUGCCAAGUUGGGUACGCUCGUCAACUUCUUCCCUCACAGUAUCCUUACUGGCUGUAUCGGAGGUGUUGGUAUUUUCCUGUUUGUCACUGGUAUUGAAGUUUCGGCAAGACUUGAUGGCAACCUGGAGUUCACUUCUGCCGUCCUUCACAAGCUCUUCCAGGCAGACACCAUCGUACUUUGGCUGCCUCCUCUUUUCCUGGCUAUUCUUCUGUUGACCGUCAAGCAUUACUACGACCGACCCUGGCUUGUCCCCGCAUACUACAUUGCCAUCACUGCUAUUUUCUACAUUGUUGUCGCUGCAGUCCCCAACCUUGGCAUGGAAACUUUGCGCCGUAAAGGCUGGGUCUUUGAUGCGCCGCAAGCCGGUCUGCCAUUCUACAAUUUCUACAGCCACUACAAGUUCCAUCUUGUGGACUGGAACGCAAUUUGGAUGACGGUGCCUACUCAGUUCGCCCUCACCUUCUUCGGCAUCUUGCACGUUCCCAUUAACGUGCCCAAUCUGGCUAUUGUUGUGCAAGAAGACAACGUUAGCGUCAACAGAGAGCUAAUCAUGCAUGGUAUUUCGAACACUCUGUCCGGAUGUGUUGGUAGUAUUCAGAACUACCUGGCUUUUGUCAACAGUGUACUCUUCAUCGAAACUGGAGGCAACAGCCGUCUUGCUGGGUACUUGUUGACUUUGGCCACUUUCGGUCUCCUUGUUGCUGGCCCUGUCGUCAUCGGUUAUGUGCCGGUCAUGGUCGUCGGUACCUUGAUUUAUAUGCUUGGAAUCGAUCUUGCGCAAGAAGCAAUUUGGGCCACCUAUGGAAGACUACACCGUCUGGAGUAUGCCACCAUCGUCAUCAUCUCGUUGGUAAUGGGUGCCUAUGACUUCGUUGUCGGUAUCGCUGUGGGUAUCGGUCUCGCUUGUUUGGUAUACGUUGUGCAGACAUCACGCAAGACCGUCAUUCGCGCCGAGUUCUCUGGUGCUGUGGCCGAGUCGACUGUACGCCGUCAUCCCCGCCAACGUGAAUAUCUCCACAAGGUCGGUCCUCAGAUCCGGGUGGUCAAGCUAGGUGGUUAUCUCUUCUUCGGCAGUAUUGUCAAGGUAGAGAAGAAGGUCAGAGCCCUGAUAGAAGCAGAGGCUUUCGCCGCAGAACCGAUCCGCUACCUCAUCCUGGACUUUUCUCACGUCGCCGGUAUCGACUUUUCGGCAGCCGAGGCCUUCAACCGAAUGAACCGUAUUCUACAUCGUCGCGAUGUAACGCUAGCCUUAGCAGGUGUAAGCAUCGAAGGUGAAAUUGGCAGGAGUCUGCAGAUGGUUGGCCUCUUCGAAGAUCCCGUAGAAGACUCGACCAUCCCACCACCAAAGGUCUUUGAAAAUCUCAACGGUGCGCUCGAAGCCUGUGAGAACGAGAUGCUGGUCAUUCUAUCCGACAAGCAACGUAUUGAAGCUCAGAAUCAGCAAAAGGAAGCUUCAGCCGAGAACAUCGACAUCCCUUCGUCUCUAACCAUCCAGACGCCUGCGUCGCUAGAUAUGAAUGUUGGUUCACCUCGACGUGACUUCCUACACCAGGCUGCCACGACGACUCUGGCAUCCAAUUGUGGACCCAACGGCGACAGCAACCGCUGGAAGCACUUUAAGCAACCGCUGCCACUGAUCCUGCAAUCCUUCCAGGGUCUGACAACACGCAACGAAGACUUCUGGUUCCGCGCCGUUUCCUACUUCGAGCCCCGCAGCUACCCAGCAGGCAAGAUCCUCUACUCACGCGGCGACAAGCCCGAUGGUUUCUAUCUUCUCCAAUCCGGCAUCUUGCGCGCAGAGUAUGACCUUGACCAAGGAAAUUACCACGAAAGUAUUGUCUCUGGCACGACAUGCGGCGAGCUGCCUUUCUUCUCCGAGACCGCACGGACGAGUACUGUGAUGGCGGAGAUGGACUGCGUGGCUUGGUUGCUGACGCUAGAGGCUUGGGAGAGGAUGCAAGAGAAAGAGCCUGAAGUGGCCAAGGAGAUGUUGAAGGUUGGCAUGAAGUUGAGUGCCGAGAGGAUGAACGCUAUUACUUCAUACGUUCUUAUCACGGCCAGUUGA